GGGGAAGAGCCACCGCGCUGUGCGACCCUCCCUUGCCCCCCGCCCGCCCCGCCUCCGGUAACGCGCCCUUCUCCGCCGCCCCUGGCCCAACUUUCCUCCAACUUUCGCGACCUGUGAGAGCCUGUUCUCUCAGCGCUGGCCCUGGGGACCCCUCUCUCUCCAUCCCCGAGCCAGUCGGGUCUCUACGACCCACUAGGUCUCUGGCCAAAGAUUCCUGCUUUCUACCCGCGAGGCAUCCUCGUGCCGUCAAAGCUGCUGCAUCCUGGGGUCCCCCUGCUCCGCUCUCGGCCUUCUUUCUUUCUUUCUCCCAGGGGCCUCGGAUCGUGGGGGGGGGGGGGUCUCAAUUCCAGGGACCUCGCCCUUCCCGGUUUUCUUUUCUGGUUUCUUGCAAUCUUGCAAUCUCCGGGUACCCUCCUCCAAACCACAACUUUUCUUUCUGAUCUGUGCUCCCACAGGAUUCCCCGGCGUUUGACCCACUAGAUUCCUUUUCUCUCAUUGCCCAGGAUCCCGCCAUCCUCCAGUCCCUCAACCUGACAGAUCUCUCUCUCAAAUGCCAGCGUUCUUACCACCACCGCACGAGAGCUCCCGGAUCUAGGUCCUAGGUUCCUCGGGGAGCUCCGGGCGGCAGGUCCGGGUCUGGCUCCCAUGGCCGCCGCCCCCUCCCAUCCCGCCGGACUCCCGGGCUCUCCCGGGCCCGGGUCUCCUCCACCCCUCGGUGGCUUGGAUCUCCAGUCACCGCCACCUCUGCUGCCUCAGAUCCCGACCCCGGCCUCCGGGGUCUCCUUUCACAUCCAGAUCGGAUUGACCCGAGAGUUCGUGCUGUUGCCGGCCGCCUCCGAGUUGGCGCAUGUGAAGCAACUAGCCUGUUCUAUCGUGGACCAGAAGUUCCCAGAGUGUGGCUUCUAUGGCCUGUACGACAAGAUCCUGCUCUUCAAACAUGACCCCACGUCGGCCAACCUCCUGCAGCUGGUGCGAUCAGCUGCGGAUAUCCAGGAGGGCGACCUGGUGGAGGUGGUUCUGUCGGCCUCAGCCACCUUCGAGGACUUCCAGAUCCGUCCACACGCUCUCACUGUACACUCGUACCGCGCUCCCGCCUUCUGCGACCACUGCGGAGAGAUGCUCUUCGGUCUCGUGCGCCAGGGCCUCAAGUGUGACGGCUGCGGGCUGAAUUACCACAAACGCUGCGCCUUCAGCAUCCCUAACAACUGCAGCGGUGCUCGCAAGCGCCGCCUGUCAUCCACGUCUCUGGCCAGUGGCCAUUCCGUACGCCUCGGAAGCUCCGAAUCCCUACCCUGCACCGCUGAGGAGCUGAGCCGUAGCACCACCGACCUCCUUCCUCGCCGACCACCCUCGUCGUCGUCCUCCUCCUCUUCCUCUUCCUUCUACACAGGCCGUCCCAUUGAGCUGGACAAGAUGCUGAUGUCCAAGGUCAAGGUGCCGCACACCUUCCUUAUACACAGCUACACACGGCCCACCGUUUGCCAGGCCUGCAAGAAGCUACUCAAGGGUCUAUUCCGCCAGGGCCUGCAGUGCAAAGACUGCAAAUUUAACUGUCACAAACGGUGUGCUACCCGUGUCCCUAACGACUGCCUGGGGGAGGCGCUCAUCAAUGGAGAUGUGCCCAUGGAGGAGGCCGCCGACUACAGCGAGGCCGACAAAAGCUCCGUCUCCGAUGACUUGGACGACUCUGGUGUCAUCCCGGGCUCGCACUCAGAGAGUGCUCUCCAUGCCAGCGAGGAGGAGGAAGGCGAGGGAGACAAGGCCCAGAGCUCACAGGGAUAUAUACCUCUGAUGCGGGUGGUCCAGUCUGUGCGACACACGACCAGGAAAUCGAGCACCACUCUGCGUGAGGGCUGGGUGGUCCAUUACAGCAACAAGGACACGCUGAGGAAGCGGCACUACUGGCGUCUAGAUUGCAAAUGCAUCACCCUCUUCCAGAACAACACGACCAACAGAUACUACAAGGAAAUCCCACUGUCGGAAAUCCUUGCAGUGGAGUCGGCUCAGAACUUCAGCCUCGUACCCCCGGGCACCAACCCACACUGCUUCGAGAUCAUCACUGCCAAUGUCACCUACUUUGUGGGCGAGACACCUGGCGGGGUCCCAGGAGGGCCGAGUGGGCAGGGGACCGAGGCCGUCCGGGGUUGGGAGACGGCUAUCCGCCAGGCACUGAUGCCAGUUAUCCUCCAAGACGCGCCCACUGCCCCAGGCCACACACCACACAGACGAGCUUCUCUGAGUAUCUCUGUGUCCAACAGUCAGAUCCAAGAGAACGUGGACAUCGCCACUGUCUACCAGAUCUUCCCAGAUGAGGUGCUGGGCUCCGGGCAGUUUGGAGUGGUCUAUGGAGGAAAACACAGGAAGACUGGCAGAGACGUUGCAGUAAAGGUCAUUGACAAACUGCGCUUCCCCACCAAGCAGGAGAGCCAGCUCAGGAAUGAAGUGGCCAUUCUGCAGAGUCUGCGGCACCCCGGGAUUGUGAACCUCGAAUGCAUGUUCGAGACCCCUGAAAAGGUAUUCGUGGUGAUGGAGAAACUGCACGGGGACAUGUUGGAGAUGAUCCUCUCCAGUGAGAAGGGCCGGCUUCCUGAGCGCCUCACCAAAUUCCUCAUCACGCAGAUCCUGGUGGCCUUGAGACACCUGCACUUCAAGAACAUCGUCCACUGUGACUUGAAACCGGAGAAUGUGCUGCUGGCCUCGGCUGAUCCAUUUCCUCAGGUGAAGCUGUGCGACUUCGGCUUCGCUCGCAUCAUUGGCGAGAAGUCCUUCCGGCGCUCGGUGGUGGGCACACCCGCCUACCUGGCGCCCGAGGUGCUGCUCAACCAGGGUUACAACCGCUCGCUGGACAUGUGGUCCGUGGGUGUGAUCAUGUACGUCAGCCUCAGUGGCACGUUCCCCUUCAAUGAGGACGAGGACAUCAAUGACCAGAUCCAGAACGCGGCCUUCAUGUACCCAGCCAGCCCCUGGAGCCACAUCUCCUCUGGAGCCAUCGACCUCAUCAACAACCUGUUGCAGGUGAAGAUGCGCAAGCGCUACAGUGUGGACAAGUCUCUCAGCCACCCCUGGUUACAGGAGUACCAGACGUGGCUUGACCUCCGAGAGCUGGAGGGAAAGAUGGGCGAACGAUAUAUCACGCACGAGAGUGACGAUGCGCGCUGGGAUCAGUUUGUGACAGAGCGCCAGGAGAUGCUUGCAGCAGGAGACCUGGGUGGCGCCCUUCUGCCGCAGGACCACGAGAUGCAGGGGCUUGCUGAACGGAUCAGCAUCCUCUGAGGCCAGAGAUCCCCCUCGGGGCAGCUUCCUUUGGAGUCCUGAGCACCAUCUCUGAAGCGAACUGUUCUAGGGGAAGCAGCCUUCUACACAGACUGGAUGAGGCAAUAUUCAGGGACACUGGGGAGUGGGGUGUCAGUCACCAGAGCACUCUGUGUUUCCAGUCAUUGAAAUAGACUUCCUGGGGCCGUGCCCUGGAUUCAUAAGGCUAUUGCCCAAUAGAAGAACUGUGUGAAGAGGAGGCUCCAAGGCUGGAGGGAUGACUCUGUGGGUAAAGACGCUUGCCACUAAGCCCGACAACUUCGAGUUUGACUUCUGAGACACACCUACCUGUUUGAAGGAUAGAAUUGUCCUCUGACCACCACAAGUGCCCACACACAUGCACACACACACAAUAAAUGAAUGUGCUUUUUAAAA